AUUAUGAGUUCCCGUAUCUUCCACAAUGACAGAUAGCGAGUUGUUGAACGGAUUGAAAGAUACCGAACAAGACACCAAGCAGAGUGAUGGCGCAUGCGCAAGUUUAGCCUUCAUGAAAACUGAUGACGUCAAAAACAGUGUAACCAGACAGCUUGUUCAUGGCGUUUUUGAAAGAGACAAGGAAAUUAAACGAUUGAUAUCAAUAAUUCACAGUCCAGACCAGGAUCGGAAAAAAGUUGAAGAAGCUCGUGGUAUCGUUGCAUUGAAAACUAAGGAAUUGAAGCAACUGCAGACUCAAUUGAGAGAGGCUGAGAAGAUACUGGACCAAUCACUGUAUGAAGCGAAGGAAAAGUUGAAAGCAAUAAAAAAGGCAAACAAAGGCAUUAUAUCAUCUGAAGAACUGAUUGCUUAUGGUCAUAAGCUCAGUAUGGCAAAUGUCAUCUCUCCUCCAGUUGGCUGGCUGCCUGGUGAUGGUCGACGUCCAUAUCCUACUGACGUUGACAUGAGACGUGGCAUUCUUGCGAGAACCAACAGAGACAUAUCGAUAGACAGAGUGUCCGAUUUAUCAAAGCCUGAUGUUGCCAUGGAAACCAAUCAACAGACGAUGGAAUCUGAGCCAUCGGUGUGGAAGGCACCUCCUGAGUUGGACUCACUAACAGGAAAGACAUUUGACUCAUUCAGCACUAAUGUCACCAAUGAUGUCUCUCCAUCCGCAGUCGGUCUUGCAAAUGGACAGGAAAACUCACCCGAAGGCGAUGAUUCAGAUUCAGCAUCAGACUCAUCGCCGUCGUCGUCAUCCAGCGACGACUAACCAAAAAACGUGAUUUCCUUUAUUUCUUGUGUAAUACAAAUACUAACAUACAUCAUACAACAUCAUACAAAUGAAGUCUCAUACAUAAUAUCCUUCAAUUAUUACUAGUUGAUAUUAAUAAUUACAA